AUUUGUUAUAGCGUAUGUUCGUGAUUCGUCCAUGUUGUUCCAAUAUGUACCUAACAGAACUGUUGGCGUUGGAGAGUUAAUGAAUAUCGCAAAGGCAGGAAACAUCGGAAGUGAAGUGAAGUUCAUGUAUACGGAAUUAUUUUCGGUUGAGCACCUUAAUCGAUUUAUAAUUAGAAGAUCGGUUGUUUUUACAGAAAAUAUCACCACCUGAUCGAGGAUACGUGUUAAAUGGCGAGAUUCAUGUUAUUUAUGGCGUUGAUACUUCUGGGAAUAGGAGGGACCCUUUCGAAUACAUACAGGAUCGCCGUUCUGUAUCAUAAAGACAAACCACCCGUGUCCACGACCAACACGACAUUUGUAGCAGGAACGGACGACAGCCUAACGUUCAGCAACACGUCUUUACUCUAUAUUGAGGUUCUACAGCACAACAUACUGGAUGUCUCCAGAAAAGUUUGUAAACAUCUAGACGACGGCGGAGUUGGUUUCGUAAGUUUACUAGACUGUCCUUCAACAAGAUAUAUGGACUAUUACACAGCAAGACUUGAAAUUCCAAGCUUAUUAUACGCGACAGAGCCGUGCGACCCCGAGGUACACAAGUCAACGUACCCCACCAUCAAAAUGCUCCCCGACUGUUACACUCUCAAUAGAGCUGUGACGAGUGUUGUUAAAGCACAGACCUGGCCGGAAGUCACCAUUUUGUACGAUUCCAUUUACAAUUCUCGAUGUAUGCAGAAUUUAUUGAUGGAGAUUUCCAAACUUCUGACACACUCUCGUCUAAUAAGGAUUACAAACACUACCGACAUCGUACAUGUGAUACCUACCAACCAAGGACCGGAAGGCCUGAAUUUGAUUGUCAUUGUAUCGGAGGACAUACUUGAUGAUCUCCUACAAAAGGCGUACGAAAGUGGAAUGCUUGGCCCGAACUUUUUCUGGUUGGUUGUGGAGAGUAGUCCAACCCUGUGCUGGGAGCCUUCUGUACAACUGUCACAGAGUCAUCUCAUAGUGUUGCGGAGAAAGAAGAGUCUGAUGGAGACGAGUGAUCAUUGUCAAAAGGGGAAGAUAAGCUCUGCCUUCAUUGAGGAAGCAAAUGUCAUAUUAAGUCGGGCUUUCACCAGAGGACAUGUCAACGGCACGGAAAGAUACUCGGGAAGUAAUUCGACAAGUUGCGAGGAAUUGAAAAUGUCGCCUUCUCCGUGGAUGCGGACAGUACGCUCCCACCUAUACGAGAUAAACAAUACAAGGAUAACAGCUGAUACCCGGAACUUCGAUAGUAAUGGCUUUCUAAACUCGGUCGAAUACCACAUGUUUAGUACUGCUGAUCGGAGGAAUAGUUCCUUAGUUGCAACCUGGGACAAUAUCAAGGGAUUCCAAAUGAAAGACGCCUUAUUUUAUUUGAAUGAGUUUAUGGACUUCGGAAACCGCACACUUCUUAUUGCAACACAGGAGGCUAAACCUUUUACGAUUCGCUCCGUGAAUAACGGCACGGUUACUUUCACUGGAUUUUGCUUGGACAUAUUGGACGAACUUGCGAUGAGGUUUAACUUCAGAUACACCCUCGUAGAACCCCGUGACGGCCUUUGGGGAGGACCUAAUACGGACGGCACUUGGAAUGGUAUGGUUGGCAUGGUUAUGAAAGGGGAAGUCGCAUUUGCAAUAGGACCGUUCACUAUCACAUCCCUACGAGAGCGUGUUAUUGACUUUACCAAGCCUUUCAUGGAGGAUGGAGCAGGUAUCCUGACCACUCGGCCGGACGCCGACUCUGACAAGUUCUUCCGGAUAAUCCGGCCGUUCGCUCUGCCAGUGUGGGGCUGUAUCGCCAUUGCCAUCGUUUGUGUGGGUUUUUUGUUGUUUAUUGUGAACAGACUCAGUCCAUAUACGGCGUACAACCGGCAAGACAAGGAGUCGUCUCCAGAAGAGGUCAGCUUAACAAGCAACAUGUGGCUGGUGUUUGGAACAUUCGUCAACCAAGGAGGAGUGACCUACCCGACAGCCAUUUCCGGUCGAUGUAUUGUGGGGUUUUGGUGGGUGUUCACCAUUCUCAUCACCUCCACCUAUACUGCCAAUCUCGCUGCCUUCCUUACUGUUACCAUAGCCGUGAAACCAAUCAACAGUCUCAACGAACUUGCCGCUCACGAGCAGAUCAAACCUCUUGUGAAGGCAGGAACCAACCUUUACUCCCUUUUCCAGACUGCCGAUUCUGGUAUUUACAAGACAAUAUGGAACAGGAUGGGUGAUAUGCCUGUGGUCAAGAGUACGAACGACGCACUUGACUUUGUCCGAAAUUCGGACACGGCCUAUAUGACUGACCGUUCCCAGUUAGAAUAUCACGUCUUGAGUGACUGCAAAACAUAUGCAUUAGCCGACGAAAUAUUCAACACAGCUGGCUAUGGAUUCGUGGUGCCGGAACAUGCUCCUUACCUGGAUUGCUUUAACUACAAUAUCAUGCGUAUGCAAGAGGCGGGACUGAUAGAGAAAUGGCGACAGGUAUGGUGGCCCCGUUCUGACCAGUGCUCUGUCUCGGAUCGAACCAGUUCAGCUACAGCGUUGGGUAUCGACAGUUUGGCCGGGCCGUUCUUGGUCUACGUUUGUAUCGCAGCCUUGUCAUUUGUUUGCCUCCUGUUUGAGAUAUGCCUGAAGCGACGGGCGUACGUAAAACAGAGGAAAAUGCCAAAACUUGAUAACACUCAGAUAAAUAAUGGUCUCGGCAACGGAACGGUCAAUAAUGGGUUUGAAUUUGACUAACAUGCUUACAUUAGGAGGGGCCGCGGUGGCCGAGUGGUAAGGUGUCCCGACACUUUAACACUAGCCCUCCACCUCUGGGUUGCGAGUUCGAAACCUACGUGCAGGGCAGUUGCCAGGUACUGACUGUAGGCCGGUGUUUUUUCUCCGGAUAC